GAAUUUCCCCAGCCGCAGCCCAGUCCUGCAGUCUUGGGGACUGCACGAUUUGAGAGGGGCCGGGCUUGGGCGCAUAGAAGGCUCAGACAGUCAUGGCAAGUCCUACCAGCUGACCUCAGGUCCAAGAAGUGGUUAUUCUGGUUUCCUGAGGCCUGUCUGUGCUGGAGUUGCAGCUCCUGCCAGAGCAGUCAGCUGCUGCGCAGAGGCCAGCCCUUCCAAUUCUGGCCUCGUUUGCCCUGGUCACUCUAACCUCCUUGUAACUGGAGAAUGUAUUUACCGGGCAAUCAAAGAUCUAUACCUACAUGAGCCCGAACAAAUGCUCUGGAAUGCGUUCCCCCCUUCAGGAAGAGAACUCAGUUGCACAAUACGAAGUCAAAUGCCAGGGGAAGCCAUUAGCCGGAAUCUACAGGAAACGCGACGAGAAAAGAAACUCUGGGAAUGCAAUACGAAGCUCCAUGAAGGCCGAGGAACAGAAGAUCAAAGACGCCAGGAGAGGUCCCCUGGCACCUUUUCCAAACCAAAAAUCUGAAGCUGCAGAACCUCCCAAAACCCCGACCUCGUCUUGUGAUACUCCCAAUGCAGCCGCUGCCAAGCAGGCCCUGAAAAAGCCCAUCAGGGGCAAACAGGCCCCCAGGAAAAAAGCUCAAGGGAAAACACAGCAGAAUCGCAAGCUCACAGAUUUCUACCCUGUGCGAAGGAGCUCCAGGAAGAGCAAGGCUGAGCUGCAGUCUGAAGAAAGGAAAAGAAUAGAUGAGUUGAUUGAAAGUGGGAAGGAAGAAGGAAUGAAGAUCGACCUCAUCGACGGCAAAGGCAGGGGCGUCAUCGCCACCAAGCAGUUCUCCCGGGGUGAGUUUGUGGUGGAAUACCACGGGGACCUCAUCGAGAUCACCGACGCCAAGAAGCGGGAGGCUCUGUACGCACAAGACCCCUCCACGGGCUGCUACAUGUACUAUUUUCAGUAUCUGAGCAAAACCUACUGCGUGGAUGCAACCCGAGAGACGAAUCGCCUGGGAAGACUGAUCAAUCACAGUAAAUGUGGGAACUGCCAAACCAAACUGCACGACAUCGACGGCGUGCCUCACCUCAUCCUCAUUGCCUCCCGUGACAUCGAGGCCGGGGAGGAGCUUCUGUAUGACUAUGGGGACCGCAGCCGGGCUUCCAUCGAAGCCUACCCCUGGCUGAAGCAUUAACCCAGCGGCCCCGCCCCCUCCCCCUCCCCUCUCCUAAGGACAAAGUGCCCUCAAAGGGAAUUGAUUUCUUUUUUUUUUUUUUACACACUUAAUCUUAGCAGAUUACUUCAGAUGUUUUUAAGAAAAAAGUAUAUUAAGAUGCCUUUUCACUGUAGUAUUUAAAUAUCUGUUACAGGUUUCCAAGGUAGACUUGAACAGAUGGCCUUAUAUUACCAAAACUUUUAUAUUCUAGUUGUUUUUGUACCUUUUUUGCAUACAAGUCGAACGUUUGUGCUUCCCGUGCAUGCAGUCCAAGACUCAGCACAGGUUUUAGAGGAAAGAGUCGAACAUGAACUAGGAAGCCGGGCGACGCACCUGCCUCCAAAUGAAGAGCCAGGACUCUCUUCCCCCGCUCCCCACAUACCUGCCCCCCCCAACCUAACAUCCCAGUGCCAGGUGGGCACGAGGAAGACACUGCCUCCCCCACGGCCUGGAUGGGAUGUUCCCAAGCUCUUGUUUUUCCUGACAUCUCGACAGGCGCACAUUGAAGUGUAUGAAUAUUUUUUAAAAAAAGGUUUCACAGUAAGAUAGUCUUCCCCUCUGCUUUCUCGAAAGCUUACUGACCCGGUGGCUCACGGGCCAGGCGUCAAUUUACUCUUCCAUGAGCUGCCGCUUUUCCGGGCACCUUAAAGCAUCAGGGCGGGGAAUCAAAGGAGACGUGAGCAGGGACAAGCAUUGCUUACCUAGCCCUUGCAGGGGCAGGGUUUCCCGAAACUGGGUUAGUUUCUUUAUAGAAAUGUGAACACUGAAUUUAUUUUAAAAAAUAAUAAUAAAAAUUAAAAAAAAAACUAAAGACAAAAAAAAAAAAACCACAGAAGACAACUUACAUGUAUAUAGGUCUUGAAGUGAGUGAAGUGGCUGCGUUUUUGUUUUGGGUUGUUUUUAGUUCGGCUUUUUCUUUUUCCACCCUUGGUUUUGCUUCUGUAGAAGAGAUAUGAGAUGGUACACUAUUCUAAUCAAAAAAUCUAAGGUUUUGUAGUGGGACCAGAAAUUACUUACCCAAUCCCCCACCCCCUCAACCCCAACCUGAUUCUGCUUGGGUUGAAAGUUCCAGACCUGCUGUCAAGGCUUCCAUGUAUCAGACCACCUGGUGUCCUUCCUGCAAAGCUGCAGCCAUGAACCAAAGAACAAGCCUACAAGCCCCAAAAGGCAGGGCCCCUACCCUAGCUGCCAGGGGGCAGGGGAGCUGGCAGGCCCAGGGAUCAUGGCUGAGGGUCAAGUUUUCACCCCAACUGUGACAGCAGGAGUAGCGGGUAGCUUCUUCCUGAAGCGGGGAACCGACUCCCACUUUCUGUCAACUUGUAGUUCAGGGGCCUGGGGCUCCAGAGCUGUGAUCUGGGGUCUCUGGCGCAACCCCACCCCACCCCCGCUCCCAGGUAAAUGUGAAUGGAGACAGGCGUGAGAACCUGUCCUCAACUUCAAUGCCCCCCAGCCCCGGCCUCAUGACGGUGCUACCUAAGAAGUCUUCCCCUUCCCACCCCCACCCACACCCACCAAGCCCACACUUGCCUGGUCAGUGGUCAGCAAAUUGGAGGAGGAUCCGAUGGGAGUGUGUAAAUGUGAGAUAAAAUGUCUUGGUUGUACCUGUUUGUGGUUUAGCUUUGUAUUUAAGAAAAGGAAAUAAACUUGAAAAUUAUUUGUCAUCAUAAAAAUGAAACAAAAAUUAAAAUAUUUAUUGCCAGGCGA